AAAAAUUAAAAACAAAAAUAAAUAUCCGUGCAGUCAAGAUUCUAGUAGCUGACGGGAAUCUAAAGCAGAAAAGUAGAAAACAGAUGAAUAAUCGGACGGCUGAGAUCAAAUCAAAUCCCCCAUGGUCUUCUUCAUUUCUUUGAUCCCUCUCUCUCUCUCUUCCCUAAACCCCAAAAACCAAUGCUUAUCUCCAAAACCCUAAUCCGACGAUCUCUCUCGAGCCUCGCUUCUCCUCCUCCAAACUCCCUUCUCGUCGACAAAGCUUUAACCUUUCUCAGACGCCACCCUUACCAACUCCAACACAUCUCCGCAGACUUCACCCCAGAAGCAGCCUCUAUCCUCCUCCUCAAAUCCCAGAACGACCAAGCACUCAUCCUCAAGUUCCUAAACUGGGCCAACCCACACCACUUCUUCACCCUCCGUUGCAAAUGCAUCACUCUCCACAUCCUCACCAACUUCAAGCUCUACAAAACCGCUCAGACCCUCGCCGAGGACGUCGCCGCCAAAACCCAAGACGCUUCUCUCGUCUUCCGUUCGCUGCAAGAGACCUACGCUUCGUGCGAUUCAACUUCCUCUGUUUUCGAUCUGGUAGUGAAGUCUUACUCCCGUUUGAAUCUCAUCGAUAAGGCUUUGAGUAUCAUUCACCUCGCUAAAGGCCAUGGCUUUAUGCCUGGAGUGUUGUCUUACAACGCUGUCUUAGACGCUACGAUUAGAACCAAGAGAGGCAUUAGCUUCGCUGAGGAUGUCUUCAAGGAGAUGUUGGAGACGCAGGUCUCUCCGAAUGUCUUCACUUACAACAUCUUGAUUAGAGGGUUUUGCUCUGCUGGGAAUCUAGACGCUGCUCUUCAGUUUUUCGAUAAAAUGGAGAAGAAAGGUUGUCUGCCUAAUGUUGUUACUUACAACACUUUGAUCGAUGGGUAUUGUAAGUUGCAUAGGAUUGAUGAUGGGUUUGAGCUUUUGAGAGCAAUGGCUUUAAAGGGUUUGGAGCCUAAUUUGAUUUCUUACAAUGUGGUUAUUAACGGGCUGUGUAGAGAGGGGAGGAUGAAGGAGACGAGCUUGGUUCUUACGGAGAUGAACAGGAGAGGCUUCUCUCUAGAUGAAGUCACUUACAAUACUCUUAUUAAAGGGUACUGUAAAGAAGGCAACUUUCACCAAGCUCUUGUGAUGCACGCGGAGAUGCUGAGGCAUGGGUUGUCUCCUAGUGUCAUCACUUAUACUUCGCUGAUACAUAGCAUGUGCAAGGCCGGGAACAUGAACAGUGCUGUGGAGUUUCUUGAUCAGAUGCGUGUGAGAGGGCUUUGUCCUAAUGAGCGUACUUACACCACGUUGGUUGAUGGGUUCUCCCAAAAGGGGUGUAUGAAUGAAGCUUAUCGAGUCUUGAAAGAGAUGGUUGAUCACGGGUUUAGGCCUUCGAUCGUGACUUAUAAUGCUCUGAUUAACGGACAUUGUGUUGCUGGGAAGAUGGAAGACGCGAGAGCUGUUCUUGAAGAUAUGAAGGAGAAAGGUUUGGCUCCUGAUGUAGUGAGUUACAGCACAUUGUUGUCCGGGUUUUGUAGGAGCUACGAUGUACAUGAAGCGGUGAGAGUCAAGAAGGAAAUGGUUGGGAAAGGGAUUCAGCCUGAUACGAUCACUUACUCGUCGCUAAUUCAAGGGUUUUGUGAGCAGAGAAGGACAAAGGAAGCUUGUGAUCUUUUCGAUGAGAUGCUGAGAGUUGGCCUUACACCUGAUGAGUUUACUUACACAGCCUUGAUCAAUGCUCACUGCGCAGAAGGGGGUUUGGAGAAAGCGUUAAACUUGCACAACGAAAUGGUCGAGAAAGGCUUGUUGCCUGAUGUUGUGACUUAUAGCGUGCUUAUCAACGGGCUUAACAAGCAAGCUAGGACAAGAGAAGCGAAGAGACUUCUUCUCAAGCUGUUUUAUGAUGAAUCAGUUCCUAGUGAUGUCACGUAUCAGACACUCAUCGAGAACUGUGGUAACAUAGAGUUCAAAAGCGUGGUGUCUCUCAUCAAAGGGUUCUGUAUGAAAGGGAUGAUGAAUGAAGCUGAUAGAGUCUUUGAUUCUAUGAUUGAGAAAAACCAUAAACCCGAUGGAACAGCGUAUAAUGUUAUGAUCCAUGGUCAUUGCAGAGGUGGAGAUGUAAGGAAAGCAUAUAGGUUAUACAAGGAGAUGGUAAGUUGUGGAUUUCUUGUGCAUACUGUGACUGCUAUUGCUCUUGUUAAGGCGUUUCACAAGGAAGGUAUGGUAGAUGAAUUGAGUAGUGUUAUUGACAAUGUAUUGAGAAGCUGUGAGUUGAGUGAAGCAGAGCAAGCUAAAGUGCUUGUGGAAAUCAAUCAUAGAGAAGGGAAUAUGGAUGUGGUUCUUGAUGUGCUUGCUGAAAUGGCUAAAGAUGGUUUUCUUCCCAAUACAAGAAGGCAAUAGUGAGUUUUGUUGAUGUAAACGAUGUUUUAGGGACGGCUUCAUUAAGCACAGGCUAGUCUUGCAAGGCUAUGAAAAAUCAAAGAUAUAUAUGGGAUGUCAAGAAAAAGAGACAGAGAAUGUUCAGUUCAUUACCUGGCCGUGGGCAGCUUCCUGUUUCUCUUUGUCACUAUCUCGCUGUCUCCAUUCUCUUCAGUCUCAUAGUUGCUAUCUUGAACUAUAUUUAAAUUUCUAGCUCUGCUAUCCAUAGAUGGAGUAUUGUCAUUGUGAAGUCUCGUGCCACAUCCUACUAAACUGAACUUUGAGCUGUCAUCAGUGAUGAGAUGAAACUGUAUAUCCACAUGAUUGUAGUUUUGUUUUGGAUGAGGAGAGGAGAAUUUUCGUCGUGUAAA